UUGUAACAGUCUUUUGACUAAACACAUGGAAAUUCACACGAGCGAGGAACCCUGUAUGAUCUCUGUUAAAAUGAGAACUUGCACGGGUAAGAAGGUGCUCUCAUGUGAUCUUUGUGGAAAGACUUUCAGUCAUAAAGGUAAUCUAACUAAUCACAAGAAAACUCACUCUGGUUCAUUUGCAUGCUCAACAUGUGGAUUGGAAUGUGGUCAUAAAACCUCUCUAACCGUUCACAUGAAAACUCACACAGAUGGGAGUCCUCUUGCAUGUGACCUUUGUGGAAAAUGUUUCACUCGAAAAGAGACUUUAAUUGUUCACAUCAGGUCUCACACUGGUAGUAAGCCUUUCUCAUGUGGGACCUGUGGCAUUGGUUUUAUUCGUAGACCUGCUUUAACUGCUCACAUGAGGACACACACAGGUGAGAGGCCUUACUCAUGUGAGGUUUGUGGAAAAGGCUUUUUUAUAAAGUGUGGGCUAAAACAUCAUCUAAAAAUUCACAUGGAAAAGAAGCCAUUCCUGUGUGGGGUUUGCGGGAAAAGUUUUACUCAGAAUUGGAAGCUAAGAGAACACAAAAGAACUCACACAGGUGAGAGGCCUUACUCGUGCGAGGUUUGCGGAAGAGGAUUCUCUUCGAGUAAUGCGCUAAACGGUCACUUGAAAACUCACACAGGUGAGAAGCCUUUUUGGUGCAAGGUUUGUGAAAAGGGGUUUGUUCGAAAGGGUGUGCUAAAGGAUCACCUGAAAACUCACACAGGUGAGAGACCUUUCCUAUGUAGAGUUUGUGGAAAAGGGUUUAUUCGAAAAACUAGGCUUACUGAACAUGAGAGAACUCACACAGAUGAGAAGCUGCCGUACACGUGCAUGAUUUGCAGAAAAGGAUUCUCUUCAACGACUGGGCUAAAAUACCAUUUAACUACUCACACAGGUCAAAAGCCUUUCUGUUGUGAGGUCUGUGGACAAGAAUUUGCUCUGAAAAAAUACCUAACUGAUCACAAGAGAAAUCACACGAGCGAGAAGCCUUUCCUCUGUGGGGUUUGUGGAAAAGGGUUUAUUAGGAGAACCAGGCUAAAUGAACAUGAGAGAACUCACACGGGUGAGAAGCCUUACUUGUGUAAGGUUUGCGGAAGAGGAUUUGCUAUAUCUUCUGGGCUAAAAUAUCACUUAAGAACUCACACGGGUGAGAGGCCUUUCCGGUGUGAGGUUUGUGGAAAACGGUUCAUUCGAAAGAGUGCGUUAAAUGUUCACAAGAAAAUUCACUCCGAAGAGAAGUCUGUGUGACGGUGUUGGUGCCUAAAAAAAUCACUUCUCUAUAU